ACAGCCAAGUCCAGCUAGAGCACCAGCAGCAGUCAUGGGACGCUGAAGCUCUGGUCCAGUGGUGUUGGCUUUCCUGCUGUGUACACAGAGGUCAUCUUGGAAGAGCAGGGGCCUGGGUUUAUGGCAUUUCCUCCCCGUGGCCUGCCACAUAGCGCAGCAUGAGCGGAAAGUAGACGUGGCCGCAGACGACUUCUUGCCGAACCCAGACUCUUGCCUCCAGGCACCCAUGAGAAGCGGGGUGGACAGGAAGAAGCUGGAGCAGCUGUAUGACAGGUACAAAGACCCACAAGAUGAAAAUAAAAUUGGAAUUGACGGGAUUCAGCAGUUUUGUGAUGACCUGAGCCUAGAUCCUGCUAGUGUCAGUGUUUUGGUCAUAGCCUGGAGGUUCGGGGCAGCGACACAGUGCGAAUUUAGCAAAAAGGAGUUUGUGGCUGGUAUGACAGAGCUUGGGUGCGACAGCACGGAGAAGCUGCGGGCCCUUCUGCCGAGACUGGAGCAGGAGCUGAAGGACCCGGUGAAGUUUAAGGACUUUUAUCAGUUUACCUUUUCCUUCGCUAAGAACCCCGGGCAGAAGGGUUUAGAUUUAGAAAUGGCUGUUGCAUACUGGAAUUUAGUAUUACCUGGGAGGUUUAAAUUUUUAGAUCUCUGGAACUCCUUCUUAUUGGAACAUCACAAACGAUCAAUCCCAAGGGACACUUGGAACCUUCUGCUGGAUUUUGGAAACAUGAUUGCAGAUGACAUGUCUAACUAUGACGAAGAAGGAGCGUGGCCUGUCCUCAUCGAUGAUUUCGUGGAGUACGCGCGGCCGGUCGUCACAGGCGCCAAGCGCAGCCCUUUCUAGGCAGAAGAUUACGAUGCAUCGAGAUGCCAAGAGGAGGUGCCU